UUUAAGAGUCCUCUGCUGCCUCUCCCCUGUGUUCCUGCUGCAGCUGCUCCUGUGAAAGUUUUCUGAUCUCUCUCUCACUCUCCCUUUUCCGCAUUGUGGAGACAGGAGCCUGGAUUAUACCCUCCACACUGCAGCCUGGCUCCUUCCACCAAGAGCAGGCUGUCACCUGACUGAGGAAUUCGCUGCAUAAGACGAAGAUAGCCGUGGAGCCGUCAUGGCCCAAAACUCAGAAGUGGUCAACCUGUCCUUUCUGUCUGAGACGGAGCGAGAACUCAUCAUACAGGUUCUACACCGUGAUGAGGAGCUGCGGAAAGCGGAAGACCGGCGAGUCAGGAGGCUAAAGAAUGAACUUCUGGACAUCCGGAGAAAAGGAGCAAAACGGGGGAGUCAGCGCUACAGCGACCGUGCCUGUGCCCGCUGCCAGCAGAAUGUGGGGCGUAUUGCGCCCAAAGCCAACACGUGCCGGAGCUGCAACCACCUGGUGUGCAAAGACUGCCGUACGGAGACGGCCACCAGCGGCUGGAAGUGCAACGUCUGUAUGAAGGAGGCGGAUCUGAAGAAAACAACCGGAGACUGGUUCUACGAUCAGAGAGUGAAUCGUUUUGCGAAUCGCCUUGGCAGUGACCUAGUGCGGAUAUCGCUCCGUCAUAAACCCGCAGGUGUGACAGCGAACAAGCGCGAGACCACGGCACAGACGCUGCUGGAAUAUUCCCAGCAGAUGAAUGAGCAGAAAGCAAGAAAAGGACAGCGGAGUCCUCAGGACAGGCAGAGGCCUACUGGCAGGAUUUCUGGAUCUCCAGAUCUGAGGGAUCAGCGCAGUGAUACAGAGUCCACAGAACAGAUGAGCCUCAACAGCUACAAAACGGAUUCCAAAAGAAGUACUCCGGCUACGUCCAGGAGAAAUUCUUUAGAGAAAAUGAGCACUUCCCAGGACGGAAGAAGAAACUAUGGACCUAGUGGAGCUAAAGUUGAUACGCUGACUGUUCCUGUCCGGGCCAGGGAUUACCACCACUCGGAUUCUGAUGGAGAGCCACGUCUCGGGAACCGGAGUGCAGGCUCCGCAGACGAGAGUGACACCAUCUUUAAGAAAAAUCCUCGCAGACUCCCAAAGCCAUCAGAUUACAGUAAAUCGGUCAUCGAUCUCCGCAAGAGAGAGAAAAUGGAAGAGGAAAACCUGAUGGGUGACAGGAGUAAGUCUGUUCCAGGCCUUAAUAUGGAUAAUAUGGAAGAGGAUGAUGAAGAUAUUGAUAACUUGGUGCAAAUUCAUCGUUUGACCACAUCUAGAAGCAGCUUACGCAGUGGGACGUCCACGAGCACCCUGGGGAGUAUGAUGAGCAUUUACAGCGAGGCCGGAGAUUACGGGAAUGUGAUCGUAACAGGAGAGAUCAUGUUCUCCCUGAAAUAUGACGGAAAGACACAGAUCCUGAGCAUAGGAGUGAAGGAGUGCCGGAACCUGGCGCAUGGGGACGAAGCGAAGCGGAGAUCCAACCCGUAUGUCAAGUCUUAUCUUCUGCCUGACAAGUCCCGCCAAGGGAAGCGCAAGACCACAAUUAAGCGCAACACUACAAACCCUUUGUAUGGUGAAACCCUGCAGUACAUAGUCCCAGAGUCGGUCCUUCUUAUGAGAACCCUGCAACUCUCCGUGUGGCACCAUGAUCGGUUUGGGAGGAACACCUUCCUUGGAGAGGUGAAUCUGCCUCUAGAUUCCUGGAACUUCGACAGCACAAUUGAAGAAUGUCUUCCGCUGCAUGGGAAGGGCAACGCAGAUCCCGGCUACAUGUCCAACUACAAAGGGGACUUGGUUGUCUCCUUAAAGUACAUUCCGCCGUCAAAGUCCACAAGCGGAAGUGAGAGGAGAAAAAGUAAAUCAGACGAAGGAGGAGAACUUCAAGUCUGGAUUAAAGAGGCCAAAAAUCUGACUGCCGUUAAGCCAGGAGGAACCUCUGAUAGCUUUGUUAAGGGUUACUUGUUACCAAUAAAGGGCAGAAAUACCAAACGGAAGACACCAGUGAUGAAGAAGUCCCUGAAUCCACACUAUAAUCACACUUUCGUUUACAAUGGAAUUAAGCCCGAAGAUCUGCAAAACAUGUGUCUGGAGCUGACUGUUUGGGACCGAGAACCACUGUCCAGCAAUGAUUUCCUGGGAGGGGUGAGACUCGGCCCAGGGACUGGCUUUUUUAAUGGACAACCAGUGGACUGGAUGGACUCCACAGGAGAGGAACUGAGCCUCUGGAAGAAGAUGAGACAAUACCCCGGCUCCUGGGCAGAAGGGACCCUACAGUUGAGACCCUCCAUGGCCAAGUGAAUAUAAUCCUAUAUAACAGAAUCGGGAGGAAGGGACUGAAAUAUGUAUUUUAUGAAUAUAAAAACCUACUGUAUUUUUAUCCAGCCAAUGAGAAAUGUAUAUUUUGCCGAUUAUUUAUUUUCCUUCCUUUUUAUUUUAAAUGACAUAAGCAGCAAUCCUCUUUAGGUAUUAACACAGAUGUCUAUGCUACCCUGUACUGGCGCUGCUAUAAUGAGGAACACAUGUACCAGAAUUGCUGCUUAGAGAACCAUACAUUAUAGAGAUAAUAAAUGCUUGCUGCUUUCAUCUGUUCCAUCAGACUGUCCACGUGAACCCAAAAGAGACCGCUCCUGCUUGCUGUCUUACAUAGCUGCCAUUAUUGUACUGCGGAAUAUAUAUCUGAAUCAGUGAUGGCAAAAAUACAACGCCAUGUCUCCGUAUGAAAAUGGUCGCAUAGUAGCGUGUUUGGUGAGCUUUGUUGUACGGUGCGAUAGGUCUGUAUUAUUUAGGUCAAAGGGUUUAACUAACAAAGCUCUAGCACAGUAACCAUUCUACAACCAAGACACCGCUAUCGGAGAAUCCUGUUAUUCUGCUGUGCAGGCGUCUUCUUGGUUCAUUACACUUAGGUACAGAGGCAGCUACAGUUAUAUCCACUGCCCUGACCUGAGCUCAUCUGUUUCUGUAUAUACGGGGCAAUUCCGUUAUCUGCUGCUGCCUGCAUCCUGGAUAACUGCGGAAAGCAACAUGGCUCCUGCCACUGCGCACCCCUAUGGGGGGGGGGUGCAUGGUGAAAGGAACGGUGGCCCUCAUUCCGAGUUGAUCGCUAGCUGCCGUUGUUCGCUGCGAAGCGAUCAUUAAAAAAAACGGCUAAACUGCGCAUGCGUAUGCACCGCAAUGCGCACACGCGGCGUACGGGUACAAAGAGCAUCGUGGUUUUGCACAGGUUCUAGCGACGCUUUCAGUCGCACUGGCGGUCGCAAGGAGAUUGACUGGAAGUGCGAGUUUCUGGGUGGCAACUGACCGUUUUCUGGGAGUGUUUGGGAAAAUACAGGUAUGGCCGAGCGUUUGCAGGGCGGGUAUCUGACGUCAUUACCGUGUCAUUCGUCGCAGCAAUCAUCGCACAGAAUAAGUAACUACAGGGCUGGUCUUGUAUUGCACAAAAUGUGUUUGCAGCCACUCUGCUGCACAGGCGUUCACACUCCUGCUAAGCGAAAAUACACUCCCCCGUGGGCGGCGACUAUGCGCUUGCACGGCUGCUAAAAACAGCGAGCCAGCGAUCAACUCGGAAUGAGGGUCGGUGUUGUGUCUGCUAAGUGCCGUCAUUACCAGUAUUUUGGGCUAAGUUGUUCCCACCUAGAUGAUAGAGUUCCCCUUUAAGUCCAGGGGGCUAAAUGGAUAUUACAGAAUUAGUUACUUGCAGAUGUUUAUGGUGUACAUAUAUUUCUGUUACUUCUCGGUGCUCUGUCUACGCCUAUGUAUUUAUGUGUGUACAUAUGUAUUGUAUUCAAUAUAACUGUAUCUCUCGGGCAAUGUUAACACGCACGCAAUGGUUUUUAAAUGGACUUUAAAAUGAUCAUCUAAGAGUUUAUUGAACAAUUUGUAUUUACAUGAACAAUCUACCUGUGAAAAUGAUAUUGCCUAAUUAAGUUAAUUAUGCGGAGGAAUAGAAUAGGACUUCAAGCUGAAAUUGGCAGUUGAAAUCUCAGAAACACAGCAUUUCGACUAUUUGACACAUUAAGUGUAAGUAACUAACUAUCCUUAGCGGCAUCUGAAACAAUGGAAACAGACUAUGUAAUCCACCAUUUAUUUCUAUGGUUCAAAAUGCUGCUGAGAAAAAUCUGUUCCUUACGUCUUUGCUGACAAAUUGCAGUUAUGCUACAGUAUAUUUCUCAGUUUUCAACAGGUGAUUUUAGGCAGAAGUCCUAUUUUAAGUACAGGAGUUUUUGGAAUAAGUUGUAAUACCAAGUAUAAUGAUUAUAAUGGUUUUUUUUUUUGUUUUAAAUAUGGUUGAUAAACCAGACACCUGUUCACAUAGAAAAUUAUUUUCAAGUUAAGGGUAAUGAAAUGAUCAAACCGACAAAUAAUCCUAUUUUAAACAAAUCUAUUGGAUUAGAUUGCACCAUUUAAGAUUGUGAGUGUUUUGCAAACUGAGCGACAAUUGUAAGAUCUCAUUUAAUAGGAUUGUUUCCGAAAUUACAAUGGUUGCAUGUGUGUAAACUCAAAGAUGUUAGCAAUGGGAAUAAAAUAAAUAGUAGUGUAAUAUUUGCACAGAAGGUUAAGCAUACAGUAUAUUAUAGAUACCACCCCAGUAUAUAUUUUAAAUGUCUUUAUAUACCAGUACCUUGAAUUACCAAUGUAUGCGCCUCCGCCCUACACAAAAGAAGCCACGUUCCUUUAGUGGCUAUUCCAUGUCACUACACUGAAUACUAUUACAAUAUCAUAAUAAACGGAAGAUAAAGUUAA